GAUCAAGCCGCGCUUUGCCCCCGCGGCCUCGGGAGCCGGCCUCGCCGCCAGCGCCACGGCCCCACCGCUGCGGCUCAAUGGGCGACAGCGUCUCGAGCCUCGGCGACGCGGCCCAGGUUUUGAGCCGGGAGGCAUGUUGCUCUUCGACACGAAGACCAGUCGAGACCGAUGCAGAGAGAGCAGCUCGUGACAAGGCCACGUUCGAUAAGCUCAAGGGCAAGCUGAACCGUCUGAACCUGCAGCUGGACGAGUUCGUGGAGCAGGAGAUCUCGAGCCUGUUCGCGGACGCGGACGCCGACUCCAGCAACGCCAUUUCCACGGAGGAGGCGAACCAGUUGGUGAACUUGCUGAAGGAACACAACUUUGAGUUCACGAUCGACAUGCGCAGCUUCGAUUCCAAUCGCAACGGCAACAUCGAGAAAGAGGAGUUCGAGGCUGCAGUACGGACUGCGCUGUUUGACCGACCUGAUAAUUUAGAGGUCCUGGUGUCGAGCUGCGAGGACGUCGAAAACCUCCUGGAGGAGGCGUGGGACGACGUGUACGCCAGCACCACCACGCUGAUCAGCGUGGCGGACGUCGCGCGCCUCAUGCGGGAGCUGCUGCAGGAGCUCGGGCACUCGGACACGGCCGUGGACCUCAGCAGCAAGUCCGGGAGCACCCUCAGCCCGAGGGGCUCCCCGGCGAACGGCGGCGCCACGAAGGAUCUCGAGACGCAGGCCAAGUGAGCAACGGACAUCAAUGAUAGAGUGGACAUCGGGUCCAAAAUCGACUUCGACAUGGACGCGGACGGGCAGG